UUUCUUCCUCACAAGACGCUAGUAUCCAACCUUCGCCCCAAGCAAUAGGUUGGGUUCAAAUGCAACCGGUUUUUCAGGCAACCUCCUUCCUCUCUCCCCAUCUGCGAACUAAAAACGAUUUGGGGUUGGAUUAAUUGUUCAAGUGUCACUGGCGCGUCUGCAGAACCCAGGAGGCGGGACUGCUCAACGCGAAGGCAGUGAGAAUAGAGCCAGCAGUCCUGAGAGCUGGUAGCUCCAGAACACCAGGCUCUGGAGACAAGAAAGGAGAGCAGGGCAAAGCCGGGCAGCAGCGGUGCUUCCUGGGAAUUGUAGUCCCUCUCGGGGCGAAGGCUCAGAGUUCGCACCGGCCUUCGCACUCCAUCUCCCAGAGGGCCCCGCGCGGCGGCGGAGGCUAGCGGAGGGGGCGCCUGGUGAUGAGCUGCCGCGGGGGAGGGGUCGGGAGCUGAGGAGCAGCUGCGGAUGCGGGGAGACGUUGACAUUUGGCGUCUCCGUGGGCCGAGGGAACCUCACCUGAGCCGCCAGCCGGGGCCUUGCGGGUCCUCGGGCCCACGCCUUCCCCUUUGGCGUCCGCCAUGAAAGCGCAUCCGGCCAUCGCCGAGCUCUCCUGACACCGCGGCCCCCGCUCCCGGGAGCGAUGAGGCAGUAGCGGCGCCCUGCGGCCCGGCUCCUCACGCGCCCCGGCCGCCGGACGAGGAGCAACCCGGUCCUGCCGCGGUCCCGCCCCGCGCCGCCCCGUCCCGCCCCCUAGGGGCGCUGCCCGCGGGCACCCGCCGCCCAUGCCGCCCCGCCGCCUCGCCGCCCGCCGCUGACCCGCCACCUUCGGACGACCACCUUCCGGCCCCCAAGAUGUGGCACAACGUAGGGCUGACCCUGCUCGUGUUCGUGGCCACGCUGCUGAUCGUCCUGCUGCUGAUGGUGUGCGGUUGGUAUUUUGUAUGGCAUCUAUUUUUAUCUAAAUUCAAGUUUCUUCGGGAGCUGGUAGGAGAUACAGGAUCCCAGGAAGGAGAUCAUGAGCCUUCAGGGUCUGAAACUGAAGAGGAUCCUUCAGCCUCUCCACACAGGAUAAGAUCUGUUCGCCAGCGGCGGGCACCUGCUGACGAAGGCCACUGACCCCAGACACAGGCCUUUAUUAGGGAAAUGGUGUCAGGCAGUUAUGAGCUCCUCUUUAGUGACUUGGCUUUGAAAUUUACUAAGUGACUGAGGAACCUCUGUAACUGGAUUUAUAUCCAGUUCAAAAAAGAUCUACAUGUAAGCCAUAUAAGAAAUAAAGGGAAUUCAAACCAAAUUGGACCAUUACAAAUUUCAUCUUAAGAUACCCUGCUUCACUGGCUCUUGGGCAUUUUUUUUUUCUUUUCUUUUUGCACUGGUGUAAAUCUGUAAACAUUUCAGGCUUGAAAAAACAUGUUAUCACUCAUAAAAUGUACCCCUUUCUGACAUUUGGACGUCUCAGAAAUUGGUACGCAUCUCACUGCUGUCAACCAAGUGAGUUGUGCCAUUCUGGCUUGCACACGUGUGAAUUUGCAGCUUGUCACAGUGCUCUUACCUCAGUGUGUGUUUUGUUAUAUCAAAUAUAUCAGGUUUAAUUGGCAUUUAAAACAUGUUCUCAAAAAGAUUGUACCAUGGUUCAGUAUGGAAAGGAAAUUCGGUUAUUGUAUAUGCAGAAGAACGUGGAUCCAGCACAGUGGGGCGUGUGUCUGAUGGUAGUGAAGCAAACAUUUGUCAUUGGAAAGUGAUUGCAGUUUCAUAUUUUCUUGCAAAACAAUGACAAAAUGCUGUACAGGACCUAGGAAAUGAAGAUGCCACAGGUCGAUGAAGCUGUACUGCAUUUUGUCAGUAAGGCAUUUGCAAAAGUGUUGUCUGUUACAUGCCAGACCAUGCAGUUGAAGGAAGGAGAGAUUGCCAAAACCCUCAGAAUUGAAACAAAAUUCAAAAUAGCAAGAGAUGGUGUGACCACGUCAUGCAUCAAGAAGGACUCUCAUUAAGACAUCAAAUGCUGUUUCAUCCAGAGCGUCCUACUGAUACUAGACAGAAGGCAGUGCUGGAGCCUUCUCCCAGAAUGCUGCACCGCCAGAGCUCUGGACACCGAGGGCCAUGUAUGGGAAAACGCAGACCUCGAUCACUGUGAUUUGAAAAGUGAUUGGGAGGAGGUGGAUUUGGAAUAUGAAGUUAUAACUUAAUUGUGUGCUUCACACAUUCUUUAGAUAUGCACAACAUUUAUGUGAUGAUAAAAUCUAUAAAAGCACUGUUUGAAUAAAUACAAAAUAAACAUUUUCUGUGAUACAAGGCAUGUGUCAUAGCUUAAUGGGCAGCAUUUUUUCUUAGAGAUACAUAUGGUGCAUCUUAACAAUUGAUAGUCUCUUAGAUUAAGUAAAAAUGAUAAUUUGUAAAUUUUUAUUUUCAAAAUAUUUAUUGGAGAACUUAAUUCUAAAUGUUAAAAUAGUGAUCUUUUAUGAAGUACUUUUUGGGGUGAAUGUAUUCAAGAUUUUACAGUAGUGGCUAAAGAGUCUAAGAGCUCUUUUCUACUUUAAGAAGUGAGAUCAGUCCUUUCCUUUGUGCGGGGGCUUUAUACUCUGGGCUUGCAUUGUGCAGAAAAUAUUUCACACAACAACUCAGUGACAAGAUCUCCAAGGUACUAGGGAUUGAAAAAAAAAUAGUGGGUAAAAAUACCUGCUUGACUGUAAAAUGACUCUUGCCAGGAGUCCAUAUUUGUUUUAACUGAACUUUGGGCUAUUUUCUAGAGAAGAGAGAUGGGAAUUAGUGAAAUUUGUAGUUGAGUGUCAUCUGCUCUGUCGAAAACUGAACUGCAAAGCCAACUUUACUAAUCCAGGUUCUUUGGUUUAACCUUUGUUUCUCACUUCUGCUUUGUGUUGUGUUUCAUUGUGUUUGAUACCUCAUUCUUCAUACUGACAGAUUUUGUCUAGCAGUAGUCCACUGGCUGUGCCCCAGUGCUUAAUGAACCCCUUUGGAUAUUGUAGCCCUGUGGAUCCGCUGAAAGGGGAGUUACAGAGCAUAACUUUAGGUUAUCCAUUUGCUGAUGGAACAUGCCUAGCAGCUAAGAGUGGGGUGCAGUUCUGUCUUCAUUUCUUUAAUGGAUGUGGUGUGCGUAGAGGGUAUAAAAACCAGUGACAUCAUUUCUGGCAUUAAUUUCUAAUAUUAUGUUAACUAUCACACUCGUGGUCAAGAUGCUCCAAAGCAUCUUGGUACUGGGAGGAUGUUUACAUUAGUUGCUUUUGUAGUCUAAUGUUUUGAGCUCUGGGUUCUAAUUUUUGUUUGUGUUUUACGGUGGAUAUCCAAGGUUUAGAUGAUAACAGUUAAUGAAAAACAUUAAGUUGCAGGUGAGCUACCACUUGUGUCAGUGUUAAAGAGUAAUGAUUGAUGUAACUGCCCCUCUUACCCAAUCUCUAGUCAGGUCCAAAUUAUCCCUGUAAAGCUAUAUAUGGAAUAUUAUUUAAUGUUAUGUUUCAAGCAUAUCUUAAGGAAUUUUAGGAAAUAUUAUGCUUAGCCUGGGAAAUACCUAAAAGGACAUUAAUGGCUCACACUUGCCAUGUUUUAAGGUACUUGAGGAGAGUCGAGAGAAAUUGUGGAUGCCAAUAUGAAGCAUCUGAAACAGUCCUUUGUUUAAAACUGGUUUCAUGUAUCUCCCUUUCCAGAAUACUUCUAAGACCACUAAGAAGGGACAAGAAAUCAUUGUCCUUGUAAGUCUACUUAUGGUGUGGAUUUUUGUCCUGUUUCCUGUUUACUUUUAGUGCUUUUGUAGCUGAAGUUACCAGAACUCCAUCACAACUGCAUUCUCAGGCUCCCAGUGAGAGGAGGAAGAGUGUAUGGUUAACUUUAAUGGGUGGGCUGGACAGGCGACUCAGUGGUUCAAGAGCGUGUACUGCUCUUACAGAGAACCUGAGUUCAGUUCCUAGCACCCACAUGGGUUCCCAGCCAUGUGUAACUCCCAACUUCAGGAGAUCUGACAACCCUCUUCUAGCCUCAGGAGGCACCUCCACUUAGGUGUACAUAUACACAGACACAUAAUUUUUUAAAAAGUUUAAAAGGUGGUAAGCAUUAAAGAUAAGCAUUAGAAUUUUUCCUGAACCCUUCCGGAAAAUGAUGAUGCCAUCUUUAAUGACUCAGGCCUAUUGUUUCAUUUUCCUCUUGGCCAACCUUUCCCGAGUUUGUUGUCGCCUUUUGCCUUAGGAGUUGGGUUUUUUUUUUCUUGUGUGUGUGUGUGUGUGUGUGUGUGUGUGUGUGUGUGUGUGUGUUAGCAUGGCUCCAAUUUAAAUGCCAAAAAACACUAAAUAUUUGUCUAACACUGUUCAAUGAGGUGUUAAGUAGUUACCUGAAGAUAACUGUAGAACUGAGUUGAAUUUCCAUACUGGAAGCAAGCAUUGUUCCGUAUUAGUCAUUUCAUAGAUCUGUUGACUGUUUCUUUAGAUUAGGCUUAAGAACCAUCUCCAAAUAGUAUUUUGCUAUGAGUUUGAAUGUAUAAAGUCCUGGCAGUCAAGACAUGCUGAAGGAUCUGAACAUACUAUAUCUUUUAAGAGUAACAGUUUUUGAAAUUGUAAAUCCACAGUGCAGUCUCUUUUAAAAGUUAGUUUUUCUCAAAAGGUGUGUUUUACUGUAACUCUGUAACCAAGAUAACUAGAUUUUGACUGGUAAACUAAGUUCUUUUAUAUUUGAAGUUGACUUCAUAGAAUCAAUGAGCAGUUCUCAAAGUGUAAAGACUCAGGUGACUGUGGAAGAGUGUUGGGUUAUGGAAUCUAGAAUUAAAGCAUCUAGCAUUGUCUGUUGUUAAAAUGUUCCAGAGUUUUAAACUUGUAGCGGCAUCUCACCCUGUAUCAAUAGAAGUUCCAUUUCCUCAUGGUACCUGUUCAUGAGGAAGGCCUAGCGGCAACUGCCGAGCCCAUUCUAUACAUAACCAUUCACCAAAUGCUGCUGCUGUGGGAUCUUGCAGGAACCGUGCUGUCCAGUGCUAUGGUGCAUUGUCAUCUGGCUGCUUGACAAAUAGGAUGUUAAGAAAUAGAACUGUGUGUAUUAACAUGAUCUUUGUAGAACAAAAUGAAAAACUAAAGAUGAGGAAUGUGGAAACGAUCAUUGUUUUUGUCUUAAAAUUGGUCAGUACUAUAUCCAAAACGUCUGUGGUGUGUAUGUUUUAACUUUCACUUUAAAAUGCAUAGAAUAAAUUACAAUGAAAAAGAA